AAAUUAUAAAUCAUUGAGUGUUUUGUAGUUUGAUCGUUUAAAAUCAGUUUUUAAACAUUUCUGGUGAUUUAUACAGAAAAUAAGUAAAAGCAGCCGAAUAUGAGGGUUAUUUUGGUAAAUUAAAGUUGCAAACAUCUCAGAAAAUAAAAACGCAAAGAAAUAAAAAUUAAAGGGGAACUCCAGUAAAAAUCACUUUUUUCUUUUUUGUUAUCGACCGCCUGAAGGCGGUCACUCCCGGAGGCCCUGGGUGCGUAGUCUUUCUUGCAAAAAAAUUCUGCGUUCGUAGCUGUGGUCCCAUGUUGAAUGUAAAGGUCGCGGAAUGAUGGAGAUACAGCUGAAAACAGUUGAAGAUUUGCUGGCUUCGCCAUCAUAUGAUGAGCAGCAGACUGCCCUUGAAAGAACAAGUGUGCACGCUGCUGUUCAAUUCUCUCUCUUUCGAAACGAACUUUACUAUAAGCACGUGUUUGUGGUGGCGGUAUUUUCACAUCUCUCUCUUUCGAAACGAACUUUACUAUAAGCACGUGUUUGUGGUGGCGGUAUUUUCACAAACAUAACUGGCUUUGUCGCAUCGUUUUCACCCAUCAAACAAAACCAACAGAAAACCCGUGAUUACUUUUUCAUUUUCAUCAAAAGUGGUCCUACGGACUUCAAGAAAAUUUUGGUUAGCAACCACAAAAAUAUCAAAAUCAUUAGACAGAAAAUAUUUGAUGCUUUUCAUGACAAAACUACAAUAUUACUUGCGAAACUUGUACCUAGCAAAGAUCUUUUCUUCUUCAAUGCAUACUCGGUCAUCUCACCAGCAUCAGAUGCCAUUGGCUUUGAUUUUAACGAUGCUGAUGCAGUGCGUUUAGCUGAUAUAGAUGAUGAUGGUUUAGUGACAUCAGUGGUUGGUCAAAUAAAAUUCACUUCAGAAGAAACAUGUCAAGUGUACACGAAGCAGGGUAAAAAUCGCCAGGAUAGAAUGAGAGAGGGCAUCUUUAGUGAUGGUACGAGAACAUUGAAGAUCACUAUUUGGGCUGAUUUAUUGGAAAUUGUUAAGGAAUUCCAAUUAAUUCAAAUAGCAAAUGCGUCAACCAAGACCUUCUAUAAAGAGCUGGUUCUUACAACCAAUUAUUCGACAAUCAUUUGCUUUUUAACAGAAGCGUUGGAUGUACAAUUUGAUGAGUCUGUAGCGCAAAAAGAUUCUACAGCAACACCGCCUAAGGUAAUGAUCGUAUGUUGUCCCGUUAUUGAGUUUAUUGUCGUGAAAACCUUCUUACAAUGCAAAAUAUGUAAGGGAAAAGUAGAUAUUCGUCUAGGAACUGGUUUGGCAACCUGCACCAAUGUUCACUGUGGUCGAGAUUUCUCAGUCACUCAUUUAAAGCAGCAACCGAACUGCUGCCAAAUAUGUGUUGUUUUGGAUAUGCGUAACGAAUAUGUUGCUUUAACCGUAACUGCUUACAGAGAAGUCCUUGAAGAAUAUUUCGGCGAAGAAAUUGCGGAUGAGGUGAAACUGCGAUCCGAUUUGUUGAAUCUCACAGAUGUUGAUUUUGUUAUCACCAAAGGUCAAAAAGUUAGCAAAAUGACCAUGCAUAAAAAAUGAACUAUUCGAAGAUGAUUCCACUAUGGCUUUUUUUUUGUACUACUUGUGUUAUUAUUACCGUAGGACUGUGAAAACUGCUUAUUUCAUGCUAUAUAUGUACCAAUUUGUCAGUUGUAGAAAUUGAGCUGAUUUGAGA